GUCAUCAGUACCGUGGAGGUCCCGACGCGGUCCCGUCGAAGGGAGACAUCCGAAAUCGAAGCAUGGCGAGUCGGGCGGGCUUUCGUCGCUCUGCAAUUAGAAUCGAAAUUCUUCGGGUGCUGCUGGUGCACACUGCAGCAGCAGCAGCAGCAGGGACGAGGCUGGACGAGGCGAGCUGGCAGUGAGGGCGAGUGAGCAAUGUGUGACGACGACGAACGAGCGAGCGACUAGUUCGUCGCCUCGUCCAAGGAUGCGCACCUCGGAUCGAAACGAGGGAGGUGUAGGAGCUUCGAAUGUAGGUGGUGACAGAGAGGUUUAGGGUUUGACAGGCGAAGCACAUGAAGCGCAGAGCGUACUUUGCAGGCCAUCCGACGUACUCUACUGCAGCUGUUUAGGACCCGCGACAGUCGGAAGAGCAGCAGCUUGCGGAUUGGACUGGUCAGGGUAGGAAUGAGGGCAAUGUGAAAUGACGAUUUUUAGUGCGGAGCUCGUCUUUGAGUAGAGAACAUUUUUUGAGAAUUCAUUUCUUGGUACAUUUUCCGGGGAGCAGUGCAUCUCGUUUACACUACGGCUCCUCGUCUUUAUUACCACUUUUGGCCGCCUGGCGUCUGCGAAGGUUUUCGUAGAACCAAAAACAAUAGGCGAUCAAAGUGGACAUCAUCUGGGAAAUACAGGUUCUACAAGUUUAAGAAAUGAGCAUGGAGGGUGAAGCUGUGGGGGCUGAUGUAGAGGCAGCUGGCCGACUGCUGAGUGACACGAUUUCUCGUGAUUUGCGUUUUGCUUCGGGCGAUCUUGUCGACACACUUGACGCUGCUCGGUUUGCCAGCCACCCGUACUCGUCUCCUCAAAAGGAGUGGCCACCUGUCGUAGAUGUGGUGAAUGCAAGGGAGCUCCCACCUGUGUUGAUUGAAAGAUAUAAUGCCGCUGGCGGGCAAGGCACUGCCCUUUGUGGCAUAUUUCCCGCUAUAAGACGUGCCUGGGCAACAGUCGACGAUACACUUUUUUUGUGGCGAUUCGACAAGUGGGAUGGUCAGUGCCCAGAAUAUUGUGGGGAGGAGCAAGUGAUAUGCGCAGUGGGGCUUGCGAAGACUAUCCCUGGCGUCUUCGUUGAAGCGAUACAGUAUCUGGUGGUUAUUGCUAAUCCAACUGAGCUUGUUCUGCUUGGGGUAUGUUGCAGUGCAAGCAAUGACGGCGGCGAUCAAUUUGCAGAAGUAUCACUGCAACUGCUGCCGGAGUACACCAUUUCAACAGACGGAAUCACGAUGACUUGCAUCACCACCACCGAACAGGGCCGAAUUUUCUUAGGAGGAAGAGACGGACAUCUUUAUGAGCUCCUCUAUACGAGUGGCACGCGAUGGCAAAGCAGGUGCCGCAAGGUCUGCCACACGGCUGGCCUUGGCAGUUUAUUGUCCAGGUGGGUGGUGCCUAAUGCUCUGAAAUUUGGAGCUGUAGAUGCUAUCGUGGAGGUUGUAAUUGAUGAGGAGAGAAAUAUUCUCUAUACUCGCACUCAAGAAUCUAAAAUCCAAGUAUUUGACCUUGGAAAGUCUGGGGAUGCCGCUCCGAAGAAAAUUGCGGAAGAGAGCCGAGUAGGAGAUCAAAGAGAUGGACGGUAUGGAGGAGCUAGAGCACCUGCGGUGAGGAGUGGAAAUAGAGCGGGUAAAGCCGCUAUUAUUUCUAUCUCCCCAGUUUCAACUACGGAGUCGAAAUGGCUGCAUUUGGUAGCUGUGGCCUCUGAUGGGCGCCGAAUUUACUUGUCCACCACUCCAUCUAGUGGUGGGGGUCAUGUUAAUGGAGUAGCAGGGGGCAAAGUGCAACGCCCUUCGGUCUUGAGAGUAGUUAUGACGCGACCUGGGCCACCUUUUACUCCCGGUGGUACAUUUUCAUUCGGAAGUACAACUGUAGGUCCUCGUACUCAAACAGAUGGUCUUCUCUUGAAAGUUGAAGCAGCUCAUUGUUCAAGUGGUGUCCUCAUACUCUCAGAUGCGUCAACUGCUUCCACAUCAAGAAUCUUAGUCACUUCACGAGAUUUGACCAUACCAGCCUCAACAAAUGCCAAUCCUUCUAAGAAUUCUGCAUGUACUGCAUCACGAAGCCUGAAAGCGCUAAGAGAAACAGUAACUGUGGUGGGAGUAGAGGGAAGAACAUUGGCCAUCGCCGACGUAUUGCCUGCUCCUGAUAGAGCGGCUGCUGUGGAAGCAUCUGUUUGGGAGUCUGGAAAUACUGGUCUCAUAAAUAUCUCCACAACUGAUGAGGAAUCAACCAGAGCGAGGAGAUUGUGGGCAAGAGGGGACUUAGCUACUCAGCACAUCUUGCCAAGAAGACGAGCAAUAGUGCUCAGUACUAUGGGAAUGAUGGAACUUGUUUUCAACAGACCAGUAGAUCUGUUGCAAAGGCUCUUGGAAGCAAACACCCAAAGGCUGGCCGUGGAAGAAUUUUUCCAGCGUUUCGGUCCCGGAGAGGCUGCCGCUAUGUGUUUGCUCUUGGCUGCUCGAAUAACCUCAGAUGAAGAGAAUAUGGUGUCAAUGUCAAUAAUGGAAAGAGCAGCCGAAGCCUACGAAGAUGCAAGGCUCGUUGGCGUACCUCAAAUGCAGGACGGUGGUCAAGCUGGGGGUCAAUCUAAUCCAGUUAGUGCAACAAGUGGAUUCAAUAUGGUCCAAACAGUACAAGAUGCGGAGCCUGUAUUUUCUGGUGCACACGAAGGCUUGUGCCUUUGUGCUGCAAGACUCCUGAGAUCUGUGUGGGAACUUCCUGUCAUGAUCUCGAAGGGUGAUGCACGAGGUGAUAACGGAGAUGCUGGGGGCAUCCUUACGUGCAGACUUCCUGCUGAAGCCAUGCAAACUUUAGAAGAGAAAAUCAGAUCCUUAGAGCAGUUUCUAAGAGCACGGAGGAAUCAAAGAAGGGGCCUUUACGGUCGAGUCAUGGGUAUGGGAGAUGUUUCUGGAUAUGGGGAUCGUCAGUCCCGGUCUUUCGGUGCAAACGGGCAAGACAGGGAUUAUGGAGCGGUUGUCUCAACAGAAUUUGAAACUCCUCCCCCGACGAGAACUGGUGGAGAUCGAACACCCAUGACCAAUAAGCGACAGCGCACGCCAUACAGUGCUUCUGAAUUAGUGGCGAUGGAGGUUAGAGGGUUAGAGUGCGUGAGAAGGUUGCUGAGAAGAUCGGGCGAGGCUUUGAGGCUGCUCCAGCUUCUCCAACAUCAUCAUGUAGCACGUCUAGCACAAACUUUGGACGCUCAAAUAAGGAGACAACUGAGUCAGCUUACUUUCCACCAGCUAGUUUGCUCCGCCGAAGGUGAACAAGUUGCUACUCGACUUGUUGCCGCCUUGAUGGAGUAUUAUGUUGCUCCCGAUGGAAGAGGCACCGUAGAUGACAUCAGCAUCAAACUGAGAGAGGGCUGUCCCAGCUAUUACAACGAAUCAGAUUACAUGUUCUACCAAGCAGUGGAAUGCUUAGAGCGGGCAGCCUCUGUGCAUGAUACAGAAGAAAGAGAAAAUCUUGCUAGGGAAGCUUUAGAUCUUCUUGGGAAGGUACCUGAGACAGCUGAUCUUCUCAGCGUUUGUCAACGAUUUGAAGACAUCAUGUUUUAUGAAGCCGUUGUAGAGUUGCCAUUGCGUAAAGCUCGUGCAUUGGAUCCUCCCGAAGAUGCAUUCAACGAGUCCGUUGAGGAAACUCAGCGGCAAGCUGCCCUUGCUGCAAGGCAGCAGUGCUAUGACGUGGUUACCAAUGCUCUUCGCACAUUGAAAGGGAGAACUGGUCAUAGAGGGGAGGUCGGGACCCCCAGCAGACCGGUCCCUGGUCACUCAUCAUUGGAUGACGCUACGCGUGAGACUUACAUUCGGCAGGUUGUCCAAUUAGGCGUGCGCUGGCCCGAUCGUGCAUUCCACCGGUCUUUGUACCAAGCCAUGAUAGAGUUGGACAUGGAGAAUGAACUGCUUGAACUUGGUGGACCUGAUCUUGUACCUUUUCUACAGAGUGCUGGCAACUAUCAAACGAUGCAGGCAAGUGGUGGAUCAAUCAGGACGCCUAAAACUCCUCCACAGAUGUCAGGAUCCCGAGUACGACAGCCCAUUACUUCUGAACAAGCCAAACAUCUGGAGCUUUUGUCUCGUUAUUAUGUAAGGAGACGUCAACAUGCACUGGCAGCUCACGUUCUUCUUCGGCUAGCUGAAAGGAGGCAGAUUGGGGGCAGUGACGAUCUUUCUCUUCAGCAUAGAUUUGAGUAUCUAAGCAAUGCAGUUUUACAAGCUAGGAGUGCCACAAGCAGUGCUGGCGCUCUCGCGACAACGACAGAGAUUUCUGACAGUGGACUACUCGAGCUUUUGGAGGGCAAACUUGCAGUGCUCCGCUUCCAGAUAAAAAUACGUGAUGAGCUUGAUGCAAUUGCAUCUAAGUUUCAAGGUCCUUCAGAUGCAGCGAGCAAUGGUAAUCUGGACGGUGGUGACCCUUAUCCUCCCCAAGGUUCCUUGUUCGAAGGAGCUCAAUGGCGCCUUGCGCGAGAAAAAGCAGCUGAACUUGAGAACGAACUGAAGAGUAUCACUCAGUUGUACAACGACUACGCUGUACCUUUUGAGCUGUGGGAGGUCUGUUUGGAAAUUUUGAACUUUUCCAAUUAUUCGAGUGACAAGGAUAACAGUGUGAUGAGGGAGACGUGGACCCGAUUGCUGGACCAAGCGAUUAAACUUGGGGGCGUAGUUGAAGCUUGCUCUGUUUUGAGGCGAGUAGGCCCUCAACUGUACCCAGGAGGUGGUGGUAGCCUUCCUCUCGACUCGAUUUGUCUGCAUCUCGAGAGAGCUGCACAGGACCGGUCAGCGUUAGGGCUAGAAGUUGUGGGUGAAGAGGACAUAGGGAGGGCGCUUUUACUGGCGUGUAAAGGGGCAGCAGAACCUGUCCAAAGAACCUACGAUCGGUUGCUGGCAAGCGGAGCAAUUUUACCCUCACCUCCACUGCGUUUGCAAAUGCUUCGCUCUGUGCUCUAUGUCAUGCGAGAGUGGGCGCGACAAGUUGUCACGGAACAGGGCGGCAGUGCCCUCGGUGGUAGCUUGCAGACUAUCGGAGGAAAUAUGAGUCCCGGAGACAGCGGUGUGCUAAAUCGAGGUGUCAAAGACAAGCUGUGUACAGCUGCCAAUCGGUAUAUGACAGAGGUGCGCAGGCUGGCAAUGCCACAAGCACAAGUAGAUAGUGUAUCUCGCGGAUUUCAAGAUCUGGAAGAAAUGCUUCUGGGAUAAUCGCAGGCUGGCUGUGUGAGAAGAGUGUACAGUAAGAGCUGCACAGAGAGGCAGUUUGUAUUUAACCUACACGUCAAGGAUGAUGGCUAGCUGGAUGCAUGUCAUGAUAUGACACGAGGUAAGAACCAAUGAAGCUAGCCUAGACAAGAUUGUGUGAUAGUGAAGUCUCCACAAGGUUCUACAUUCGGAAUUUGUGUUAGAGUAAAUUAUGUCACUGAGCGGGGCUGCGCCAUAGUUUUAAAGGUUUUGCAGUCCUACGAAAGUCAAAGUUAUCAAGCUUCAACUCUUACAGUUGGAGCUGGAGCCUCACUUUUGGCAGAUAGCCAUGAAUAUAGUCCCGUUGGGUAGCUACACUAGGUAGUUCAUCACGAUCUCAAUUUAUGGUGGAGGCGAUUAUCCGGAAUUUUUGUAUCGGCAUAUUCAUCAUCAUUCUUUCUUUCACCAUGCGCCAAACUAUGAUGUUAUAUUUUUUCACAUGUUAUCAAGCACUAUUUCUU